ACCCGGAAGGGGAAUAUUCUGGCUAUUGUGUUGAUAUUUUCAAGCUGCUGCAGUUUCUGUGGCCAAGGGAACCGUCGGGGAAGGAUGGUGUGCGAAAAAUGUGAAAAGAAACUUGGUACUGUUAUCACUCCAGACACAUGGAAAGACGGUGCAAGGAAUACCACAGAAAGUGGUGGAAGAAAGCUGAAUGAAAAUAAAGCUUUAACUUCAAAAAAAGCAAGAUUCGAUCCAUAUGGAAAGAAUAAGUUCUCUACUUGCAGAAUUUGUAAAAGUUCUGUACAUCAGCCGGGUUCCCAUUACUGCCAGGGCUGUGCCUACAAAAAGGGCAUCUGUGCAAUGUGUGGAAAAAAGGUUUUGGAUACCAAAAACUACAAGCAAACGUCUGUGUAGAUGUGUCAAUGACGUUUCUGGCUUUCUAUGUGAUUUUACUUUUUGCUUUGAAUUUCCAAGGCAUAACAUAGAUGUUCAAGUUAAAAAUAACACAUUUCAAGACAGUUAAUAUUAAACCGUUGAUUACUUGAUCAGUAUUUUUAUUUUGCUUUCAAGAAUUUCUAAACAACAGUGUAACUAGUUUUCUGCCUUAGUUCUUUUUCUCACAAGCGUCUUGUUGAAUUAGUAUAAGUGGCAAAUUUAAUGAAAAAUAUUUUCCCAGUUCUCUAUAUGCUUUUUAUUUAUCAUUAUUCAUAUAAUUCUUUUCUUCACCCUCUACUUUAUUUAUAGAUAUUACAGAAGUGAGAAGGAGAUUACUGAUUGAUAUUUUGCUCUGAAUUUUGCAUCAGACUUGUAACUCUUCCCUCACUCCCUUCUUGGUUGCAUGGUUCUUAGAAUGAGCAGUCUCUUUAUUAAUUGUAAGUUCACAGGGCAUUGAAACAUCUGAGACCAUUAUUGCUGAAUCGUUCCUUAGUAAUUAGCCCAGACCCCAGUCAUAAGUUGUAGUUAUGAUACUUUUUAUUUGUUCUUGAUGCCAAAGUGCCAGUCCCUUUCCUAUGAGAAUACAAGAGUCAGCCCAUGUAUGUCCAAAUGAACACACUGGAUUUCAGAAAAAUACGGGUUAUGCACAUUACCUUGAAUUGGAACAGUCACGAAAGCCAAAACAACAGUGUUUGUCCAUGGUAGUGUGUAACAAAUGAGUUACUACUCUUUAGGAAGGCUCCUUGAAGCAAAAACCAAUUUUUUUCCUUCUCUCCCCACCCCCAAAAAUAAAUAGAACAAAACCAA